AUGGAUAUGAUGAAGAAGCGAAGGCUCGAUGAGAAUGGCAUGGGGAUUCUAAACGAUGGAAUCAACGGCGCCGUUUCGAAUCGAUUGAUGCCACAGGACGUGAGGAAGAUUAUCGAGCGGUUCUCUUCCGAUCAGCUUCUCGAUAUCUUGCAGGAGGCAGCUGUACGGCAUCCGGAUGUUCUCGAAUUCGUCCGAUCAACCGCCGAUUCCGAUAUCUCUCAGAGGAAGCUCUUCAUCCGCGGCCUCGCGGCGGACACCACGACGGAAGGUCUGCGUUCGCUUUUCUCUAAUUACGGGGAUCUCGAGGAGGCAAUCGUGAUUCUCGACAAGGUGACUGCGAAGUCGAAAGGGUAUGGUUUCGUGACGUUCAAGCACGUCGACGGAGCUCUUCUCGCUCUGAAGGAGCCGUCUAAGAAGAUUGAUGGCCGCGUGACGGUGACGCAGCUCGCUGCUGCUGGGAAUCAAGGCGCGACGGCUCAUGUCUCGGAUAUAUCGAUGAGGAAGAUCUAUGUGGCGAACGUUCCGUUUGACAUGCCUGCGGAUAGGCUAUUGAAUCAGUUUCUGGCUUAUGGAGAUAUCGAGGAAGGUCCUUUGGGAUUCGAUAAAGUCACUGGUAAAUCAAGGGGAUUUGCGUUGUUUGUGUACAAGACUUCGGAAGGUGCUCAAGCGGCACUUGCUGAUCCUAUGAAGGUGAUUGAUGGAAAGCAUUUGCAGUGUAAGUUGGCUAUAGACGGUAAGAAAGGAAAGCCACCAGGUCAAAAUGGUGCUGGUCCUGGACAUGGUCACGGUGAUGGAAUGGGUAUGGUGCCUCCUCCUGGACCUUAUAAUGCAACUGGUGGGCCUGGUGGAUUGGGUGCUUACAGUGGGUACUCAGGAGGACCACCGCCGCAUCACAUGAACUCCGCACCUUCUUCGAUGGCUAAUGCUGGAACAGGUGUCUAUGGAGUUACGGGAUAUAAUGGUCAUUACAGUGGAUAUGGUCCAGGAUCUGGAAAUUAUGGUCCAGGAUCAAUGGGCGGUGGUUAUGCUGGACCUGGUGGUGGAAGUGGGCCGUAUAGAAUGCCACCGAGUUCGAUGUCCGGCGGUGGUUAUCCUGAGAGUGGGCACUAUGGGCAUUCAUCAGCUGCAUCAUAUCCUGGACAGCAUCAGCCUGUUGGUUCUUCCCCGGUGCCUAGAGUUCCUCUUGGAGGAAUGUACCAAAACGGUCCACCAAAUUACUGA